GUGGCCGGGCCGUGGCCGCGGGGGCGAGCACCCGGAAGCGCCGUGCCCUCAGCCAGCGCGACAGGCGGCCCGGUGGGGAGCAGGCCCGCGAUGGACAAGCUGAAGAAGGUGCUGAGCGGGCAGGACACCGAGGACCGCGGCGGGCUGUCCGAGGUUGUUGAGGCAUCUUCAUUAAGCUGGGGUACCAGAAUAAAAGGCUUCGCUGCGUGUUUUGCUAUAGGAAUUCUCUGCUCACUCCUGGGGACUCUUCUGCUAUGGGUGCCCAGGAAGGGACUACCACUCUUUGCAGUGUUUUACACCCUUGGUAACAUCGCAUCAAUUGGGAGUACCAUCUUCCUCAUGGGGCCAGUGAAACAGCUGAAGCGAAUGUUUGAGCCAACGCGUCUGAUUGCAACUAUCAUGGUGCUGUUGUGUUUUGCACUUACCCUGUGUUCUGCCUUCUGGUGGCAUAACAAGGGACUUGCACUCAUCUUCUGCAUUUUGCAGUCUUUGGCAUUGACGUGGUAUAGCCUCUCCUUCAUACCGUAUGCAAGGGAUGCUGUGAAGAAGUGUUUUGUCACGUGUCUUGCAUGAUACACGGCCGAUUUUGCAAAGCUUCGGAAGGCACUAUGGAUGGAAGCUGGUGGACGGUUUUGUAAAUAUCUUUUAAACCUCUGUCUUACAGACAUGUGCCUUUUAUCUUGCAGCAACAUGUUGCCUGCGAUUCAAACAUUUGAGACUUGCUUUUGGAAGGAACACCGUGUUUCCAAACCUGAAUGUCUGUAGCACGGUAUGAGAAGUGAGUUCUGUUCUGUAGCUUAUGGAUUGGAAUCUUCCUCACGCACCUCUUUGGAUGUCGUCCCUCACAAAUAAAAACCAGUUAGGCAGCAGCAGAUAAGCCUUGUGUGCCAGUGAUGCCCAGGUGGCAACAGGCAGCCCCAUCAGAGAUUGCAGGGGUGCAACAGUAAGGGACAGGAUUUGGGGAUCAACAGGGGCUUUGCUACUUGUCCCUCAGCAUGGAAACCAUCACCACUGCCCCACAUAGAGUGGACAUGCUCUGGCAUCUGAGAACAAGUGAUCCUGCCUCACACAAGCCCGUGGGGAGCCUGGCCGUGGAGGGAAGUAGAAGAUAGGCACUUUUUGGUGGUGUAUGUUGUUUCUUAAUCUGAACCCAGGCACCCUCGCUGUUCUGAUUCUACGCCUCACUGUCGAAUGCAUUUUCUAACAUUCCAUGCAGACUCUUUUUCUCUUGGGUUUUUCUUUCCAUCUCCUCCCUCCACCUCUCCCUACAUAUCUUUACUUAGGACACCUUGGCACUAGGUGGAGAGAGCAAAGCAGCAACAGAAAACACUGCUAUUUCCUUUUGGACGAGCAAAUAGGAGGUGAGAAAACUUGCUGCUCUUAGCUGUACGUUUUUUCUUCAUCGUUUAUAAAUGCUUGCUUUUGAACUGAUCUUAUUUUCCCUUCUCCUCUGGAGCGGGGGCCAGGGCAGAGUGGAUGGGAAGACAGAUCCCCACUGUAGGCCCAACAGGAAGUCAGCACGCCUGCCCAGUGACCUUAGAUAGCCCCAGCAUUUGCACUUCAGCCUGUGCUCCAGGCACUGCGGAGGACCCCGUGGAUGGCACGUGGUCAUGUUGCAGCCUCACGCGCCUAACCACAUACAGAGUGCUUUUGUGUCCCUGGUCUUAUCUGGUCCUCGUGAGAGCCUUGUGACGGAGCAGGGAUUGGCACCCCACCGAGCAGUCGGGGAAAUCGAAGCUCAUAUUGGUUUUCAGAUCCACCCACAGCACAGGCGUGGCAGCGUCGGGCCCAGAGCCCGGGUGCACCAGCCUCAGCCUCCUUCGUGACCCGGUGUUUCCUCUCUGGCUGUACCACCUGUAACUUUUCACCAGCCAAGCCUGUGCCUUUUCUAGUUCCUGUCUCUUUAUGUCAAGUCACAUGUGUCACCUCGUACCUGGCCCUGCCUGCUCAUCUCCCUUUCUGGAAGCUUCCUCCUGGGGUCUGUAGGAUGUUCAUUGUUCCCUUGUGUUCCCUCUCAACUUCUCUUUGCUGCCUAAUCAUCAGUGUCUUUUGUUAGCCAGGGUUCCUGGCACUCUAUGUCCUCUGCAGUCACCCCGUAAAUGAGGUCCAUUUGGAUUUGCCUUUCUGCUCUUUAUCCCAGGCCAACUGGUUCGCUUGGGCUCCUGCUCUGGCCCGUCCAAACCAAAGGCAGUGGCCACUUGUUGUCUCCUAGCUUGUGGCUAACUGCUGAACUUCUUUAUCCUGCCGCAGCCAAGAACUCUGGCCUUUUCUUCUGGGAGCUGGGGGGGUGUGAACAGGCCUGAUGGGGCUGGAGGGAGGAGCUGGUCUUCCCCAGGCCCUUUCUGGGCUGUUGGGAGCAUCCUGUCAUAUGCUGAGGUCCAUAACCUGCCUUCAGCCAGGGUGGGAAAUUAUAUGCCACCCUCUGGCUUCUGUGGGGCUUCUUCAUGUCCCAGGUGCCUCUUGGAAACAGUUGAGAUAUCAGAAGGGCUCUGGUGCCAGGAGUACCCGUGGUUCCUUCUCUUCGGAGCUGAUGUGAGGCAGGCCUGGUGGAUGCCAAGAGCUCCGACAGCCUGCAGCAGGACACCUAGAGGGCCGGCCCCUCCUGCCCUUUGUAAUGGCUGGACUUGACUUUGGGGGACACGAGGCUGAGUUGCCUUUUAAGGUGCCCCCAGGGCCAUAUAUCAUAGUGGUAGUGAGACUGAGUGUGAGCUUUGGCUCAGUCACAUGCUAAUCGUGGCAUGUUGAACAAGUUACUUAACCUCUGGUUCCUCAGUUUGCUCUUCUGUUUGAAAGUGGUGGAGGCAAUUCCUGCAGCAGCACUGCAGGCUGCCAGUGAGAUACGUGUCAAGUGCUUAGCUUGGGACCAGCAUAAGCAAAGUCUCAGUAAAGAGCAAGUGUUAGUAUUUAAUCCCCCAGAUAACUGAUGACCUGAUAACGAAAUAACUGAUGGAAGGUGACAGAAUGAACGUCUCUGACCAUUAAUUUGUCUAAAAAAUAUUUGUCUAGUACUACGUAUCCAGCACUAUAGACACUGCCACGUUUUAUCUCAUUUAGCAUUCACAGUGACUGCCAGGCAAAUGGCAUUGUCUCCGUUAUUAUUGCUGAGAUCAGCCAGCCUCCCAGAGGGUCAGGGGCCUGUCCCAGAUCUCACCAGUAGAUGGCGUCAGGGAGAUGGGGGCUUUGUGGCCAGUUUGCUCAGACAGCUCGUGUCAUGACACUCAGCGGGUUUCCUGUCUUCUAGCAGUUUCCAGAGUUCUGAAUGUUUCCUUCUGUCGCCUUAUCCUUUGGCCAUUUCCCUGCUUGCUUUUGUCUAGACAGUGGGAGGAAGAAAUCCAUUUCAAAACUGCUAAAACCUGUUACCAAGCAACAGCACUGGUUAAAAAGCAAAGCUAGUGGGUGAGACAGGAGUAGAGAAUUAGGCUUCCAGACUGUGGCUGGCGGUGGUCCGUCUCCCGGCCACCCGGCCUUCCAUCCUAGCUGUCCACUGCUGGGUGAAGGAGGCGUCACUGCGCUGUAGGAGUGAAGGGACCACUGAGCGACUCCUUUGCAGGUGGGGACGUGGUGCUCAGCCAGGGACGCAGCCGUGAGGAAGCAGUUCCCCGGUUGCCCUCUGCCCCCAGCUGUUGGCUCUUUGAGUGCUGUAUUGGGGGGAGCACCGCCCUCUGGACCAGCAGAGGCGGCUUCCUGCCCCUCUCCCCUUCUCCGAGGCCCUCGAGACUCUCACUGGGCGUCAGGCGGGUUGCGUGCUAACUCUGUCUCCCGUCUCAUAUCAGAAAGGCUUCCCGUUUGCAGCAUGUGCUCAGCUGGAGCUUUUAGUUCUCAAGCUCCUCCGUGUGGCUGCUGCUCAGACCGCAGCUCCAGCCGUCUUGUCUCCUUAUUUCCGGGAAGCGCCGAACACUAUUCCCCAGUUUAGGGUUUUCACUGGGCUGGUUAUCUCCAGCGCUGGAACAUCUGUCCAUCACCCUCCUACGGUGACUUUGUGGAUUAUCUGCCUGAGUGUGCCACCUCCCACCAUAAUCACUGUAUCUUCAGGGAGCAGGAAAUACAAUCAUGAAACGCAUUGUCAAUAAGGUCGCUUUGUGAUACCUCCAUUAGGAUAGAUAACAAGAGACCAUGCCUUCAAAGGUGUGGCAAAUGCUGGAUUGGCGUCUGCUUUCGAUAGCCUCAUGAAAGUGACAGGUGCUGCAGCACAAGUGACGAGAUUUGCCGGAAUGAGUACAAAAAUCGAAGCUCAGCCCUGUGGCUGUGGCUUUCCUUUUCUGUGGGCCAGCCCACGCCAGACUCUCUCUGUCUUCUCUUCCCUGACUAGAGUCAGCUGCAGGAUUAUCAAAUACUUUAAAAUUCACAACCUAUUCCGAAACCUCAUUUUCAGCAAAAAACAAACAAAAAAUCCAACCUCAGUGUUUAAAGAUCUGCGAAGCCAUUUGCUAGAUUUUUGGCGUAGUUUUUUUUUUUUUUUUUAGUUUAAACAAAUCCAAGUUUUUUUUUUUUGUUAAGUUUAAGAUUUGCAGUAGUUUAUUUGCAGAUAGCAUUUUUAAAAAAGUUAGUAGACGCCUUCAGCUGAAAUUAAAUACAGAUUUUAUGUACGUCAUUGUAACUCUUGGUAAGAUAUAAAAACCAGAAAUCUAAAUUUUUAUUUAAAAAGUUGGUUCGGAGGUCAAAUUAUGUGACUUUAAAGUACCUUCUAAUUAACAAUUUUAUGAAAUUCUGAGAUCUUCUGUGUUUUUAGUAAAGAAGAAAGUACGGUGAAGUUUGAUUUCAGUUCACUCAAGAAUAGGGUAUUUGGUUGCACUUUGGUUGUUUCCAGUUCUCCAAUAAAAGCAUAGGUGACACUCUGAAGUCCUUGAUGCUUACACUUUACCCUUGAUUUAUCAGAUUUUUGUUGCAGGGAAGCAAAUGGGGAACAGCAAAGCCUUUGUUAAUGUAAAUUGACAAAAAAUUACAUCCUUUUUUAGCAGGAGCUGACAAACUGAUAAGGGGCUUAUGAUUUUCUGUGUGCAGGAUGUUCUGAAACUAGGGAAGAGUGAGUCCACUAGGCAGGACAGACUUUGCUGUUUAAAAUGAAAGGUCAGUUCACAGCAUCAUAACAAACAAUAGUGAUGCAUAUAUUCACAACAAAGUAACGUCACUAGGUGUAAUAAACAGCUAUUUAAAAAGGGAAGACAAAUGGUCUCUAGUAUAAAAGGGCUGGCUACCUGGACAUAACAUCCUUGUGAAGCAUCUAAAGGUCAAAUUGAGGCUGGUGUCUGGGUAAAUUUGCUCUCUGCCUGUUGAGUAUCUGUACUAGAGCAGGUAAUGAGCCUUGUUCUAAAUACAAAUGAGCCUUGUAUUUGUGUAAUCCCCUAAAAGGAGAGCUAUAGUUUACAUUCAAUUUUGUGAUCUUUCUGCUGUGAACAGUGUUUAUUUUGCCUUUUUCAAUGUUUGGUUGACUUAGCAGCCUUAAAUAAGGAAAGGAAAAAAAAAAUAACCCUCUGAAGUCUGAUCUUUUGCUGCUUUUGUAAAUUCUGAUUGUGAAGUUGGGAGUGAAGAUGUUCAAAAGCCCAUGGUGAAUUUCUAUGCCUUCAGAACAUUGUGCCUGUUUUAAUAUGAUGAGCUUUUAAAAUACUUUGUUAAAACAUGAAUCAGUUUUUUGUAAUUGUGUAGAUACUCGUAAGUAAUUUUGAAUGCCACUCAUUGUAUAACUAAAUUUUUAUAUCCAGAAAUAUAUUCUUGAGUACUACUUUUCCUACCUUGAGAAUCUAUUUCAUAUAAUAAAUCUUGUUUUCUUUUUACUAACUUAUUUCAAAGAGAAUGUUGCUAAGCUGUUUCCCCCUCCUCCAUCACAAUUAUUGUUAUUUGCUGUUUUUUCCUUUUCCAAUAAAUGGUAGCAUAAUCUUUAA